GUUCGCCUCUAGCCUUUCAAAUCCGCUAGCCUUGUCAGAGGAAUCUCCCAGCCAGGAGAUUGCGAUACAUCUGUCACUUCGACCGCAAUCAUUGGCUGGGUCGGGUCUAUCUCGCGAGACUUCCCGUGACUCCGUGCUAUAGCGAGCGUAAGUCUUGGAAGCCUAAUCUAUGCAUCUAGGCGGAGUCACUGCUUCGACUGGGAUUCGUCGACGAUCAUAGUGAUCUCUGGCAGUCAUACGAGCAUGCUUAUAUUUGGAUCGAAGCGACCAUCUGCUUGAUCUGGCCGAAUCACGUUAUCGCUACUCCCGCCGUCAGCGCAAUCUGAUUUCAAAUCAUCAAGGCUCCCAAACCUCAUCUGUGACACGGCAAUCACGUGUGAAGCUCAUGGUAAUUUCUUCCUUGUCGAUACAUGUCAAGUGUUUCGUGCGGCAAGCCUGCCAGACCUUUUCAUGGCUUCUCGGCUUCCCGCCGAACUUCUGUCGACCAUACUCCAACAAGUCCACCGCAACUCGCGAGACAGCCUUCUUACGUGCAUGCAAUGCAACAGCCAGUUUUUCGAGAUAGGAUUCGACAUUCUGUACCGAAAUGUCAGCCUAAGACUGAAGGACGCGGUGCGGUUCGAGAAGGCUGUAAAGCGUUACAUGGUGCGCAAUGACGACUCCUCGUGGCAUUUCCCAUUCACCCGCUGCUUUCGCAUAGUCAUUCCUGGCGACGGUCGGGACUACGGUUACGGUGCUGCGAGAUCUCGUGUCUUCUCUGUCACUGAAUCGUCGGGAGUGGACGUUAUUGCCAAAAAAGGAAUCGAUGCUCUGAAGCGGGUGUUGCGCGGCUUUUCUAAGAUGCGGACGUUCUCUAUUGUGUCGUACAAUGGCCAUCGACUCAACACGUGGGACCCUCAAGGACUCGGUAUUCCACCAGGCGCUGCUAUACUUUCAGCCAGCAGCACCCGGGCGCGAGGCCCUAGCAUCAACUUGCUUGCAGAUCUAGUCUACUGUCUACCUGAUAGUGUUCGGGAUCUUUCAAUUGAUCUUUCCGAGCUAUCGCGAUACGACCCACUGUCAUCGUGCGUUUUGUGCCCCGCGAUCAACAAGAUCGCACCUCAACUUGAACAUUUGAAUCUCCACUUGCGGACAUAUUGCAAUCAGCUACUGGUCCGAAACAUCGCCGACGCACCGACGUACUCAUCGUUACAGAGUGUUAUAAUUCGCAUACACGGCUUCAGCGCACGCCUCUGUUGUAAAUACUCCUCCUCCUCUGGCAUUCUCAACCUCGACAUGUUCACGCGUAACAUCAGCACACUCAUCCAAAAUCAGCAUCUUCCCCAAGUCAAGCAAUUCAUUCUGAUCUCCAAACGACGUCCCAUCGGUGUGCGCCAGCAUUCUGACGUAAAGUGGACAAUUUAUGUCCGUGAACUGGUCUCCAAUCAGACCGCGGCAAUACCUCGCAUAUUUAUUGACUCUAGGACGCCUGAGCCGGGCAACACGUUCACCGUGUCGGCACGAACAAUGGUGCGCCUCCCUUCAAACUGUACCUUUAUCGACGACAAGUACUGGGACAAAGAAUACGUAGGCAAGUCCGGCAGCAUCCGCCGCUUCGUCGAGGGUCGCGCUGGCUGGGUCUCCUUUGCGCAGGGCCCGCACAUCCCCGGGCUGCGCAAGGCGGAGAUCAGAGCGACCUUAGAUGAGGGCUAUGAUGUACGCGCUCCGCAACCGAGGCUGGCAAGCGAGUUCCGAGCAAAGGAAGACAAGACGUGCAAGCUUUGGAUGGAUGAGGAUGCUGCAGGCAUCAAGCUGCUAGAACCGGCGGUGUGGAGUGGAGUACUGGACAAUCGGGUCUUGCAACGUGCCGAUAGUCCACUUUGACUCACCAGCUCACAUCAGAUCGGCUCGAGCUGGAGACUUAGUAAACCAUAAAGAUUGACUUUCCACAGACCAAUGACAUUACUUUCCGCUUACGGUAGUCUCGUCAUCUACGGAUGGUUGCAAUCAAGAGGCUUUGAUUCAAAACUCUCCAGAUAGCCAAGAUGCGCUGUGUAUAUUAAUGUGCAUUUUUGAGUACAGCUUUUGCUCGCAAGAGCUGCCUUACAAGCAAAUACUAUCUCUCAAGGGAAGUUGAGCGAUUCAAUAAGUUGAACCAUUUGAUUCAAAGUGUGGGUAUGGAUCUCUAGAUGAGGCAUAGAAGCAUGGGGUGGAUUUCGAGUCAAGCUACUGUGAUCACCGCAUGAGUCAGUCAGCUUUGUCAUUAUCACAUGGCGAUACAAACCUUCUCGGGUUUCUGUUGAGCAGUUGUUCGCAACAUUCUGCUGAAAGAGGCGGCAAAUCCUCACUCAAUGCCGGCUUCCUAGAGCCACUAGAGACUCCAAAAAAAUCCAAUUCCGAGUUUGUCGAGCUGAUCCGUAAUAUUCCUCUAUGCUCAUCUCUUAC